AUGAUUCUAAAUCGCAUCUUGGCUUUUGCUAAGACAGGCGUGCGCAGCACCGCCACCAAGAGAACGUUUGUGGGAUCGUCCAUUUGCAGAAAUGAACCAGUGUAUCGUGGAGGAGAGUACCUCAAUCUGAUCGCCAACCACGACCACGGAAAAUUGGUCGAUGUUUCGAAGGUCUUGGUUAUUGGAUCCGGUGGUCUUUCUAUUGGUCAGGCCGGUGAGUUUGACUACUCGGGCUCCCAGGCUAUCAAGGCCUUGAAGGAAGCCAAUAAACAGCUGAUCUUGAUCAACCCAAACAUUGCAACCAAUCAAACGUCGCAUGCCUUGGCCGAUGAGAUCUACUACUUGCCUGUCACGGCCGAAUACAUCACUUAUAUCAUCGAGAGAGAGCGUCCCGAUGGAAUCUUGUUGACGUUCGGUGGUCAAACCGGAUUGAACGUCGGUGUCAAGCUCGACAAGAUGGGUGUUUUCGAGCGUUACGGCGUCAAGGUGUUGGGAACGCCCAUCAAGACCUUGGAGACCUCGGAGGAUCGUGAUCUCUUUGCUCAGGCAUUGAAGGAGAUCGAUAUUCCUAUUGCUGAAUCUAUCGCUGUAGACACUGUAGACGAUGCCUUGGCCGCCGCCGAGAACAUCGGAUACCCAAUUAUUGUGCGUUCUGCUUACUCGCUUGGAGGUUUGGGUUCUGGCUUUGCUGCCAACCCAGAUGAGCUUCGUGACUUGUCGCUGAGAUCGUUGUCCUUGGCGCCUCAAAUCUUGGUUGAAAAAUCGUUGAAGGGAUGGAAAGAGGUCGAGUACGAGGUCGUUCGUGACCGCGUCGACAACUGUAUCACCGUCUGUAACAUGGAAAACUUCGAUCCUUUGGGUAUCCACACUGGUGACUCCAUCGUGGUGGCUCCUUCGCAAACCUUGUCUGACGAGGAGUAUCACAUGUUGCGUUCAGCUGCCAUCAAGAUCAUUCGUCACUUGGGUGUUGUUGGUGAGUGUAACGUUCAGUACGCUUUGCAGCCCGAUGGAUUGGACUACCGUGUCAUCGAGGUGAACGCUCGUUUGUCUCGUUCGUCUGCCUUGGCCUCGAAAGCUACUGGUUACCCAUUGGCUUACACCGCUGCCAAGAUUGCUUUGGGCCACACCUUGCCUGAGUUGCCAAACCCUGUCACUAAAACUACCUCUGCCAACUUCGAGCCUUCUUUGGACUACAUGGUCACCAAGAUCCCUCGUUGGGACUUGUCCAAGUUCCAACAUGUCAAGAGAGACAUUGGAUCUGCCAUGAAAUCUGUCGGUGAGGUCAUGGCUAUCGGCCGUAACUUCGAGGAGUCCUUCCAAAAGGCUAUCCGUCAAGUCGACCCCUCUUAUGUCGGAUUCCAGGGUGACCAUUUCGAGAACUUGGACGAGUCCUUGGCCGAGCCAACCGACAGAAGAUGGUUGGCUGUUGGACAAGCUUUACUCCACGAGAACUACACCGUCGACCGUGUCCACGAGCUUACCAAGAUUGACAAGUGGUUCUUGCACAAAUUGAUGAACAUUGUCAACAUGUACCGUGAGUUGGAGAGUGCUGGUCUGAUGCACAACGUCAACUCUGACUUGAUGCGCCGCGCCAAGAAGCUCGGUUUCUCUGACAAACAAAUUGCUUCUUGUGUUGACUCUACCGAGUUGGAGGUUCGUGCCAUCAGAAAGGCCUUUGGCAUCACUCCAUUCGUCAAGAAGAUUGACACCUUGGCUGCUGAGUUCCCUGCCAACACCAACUACUUGUACACUACUUACAACGCUACUUCUUCCGAUGUCGAAUUUAACGAAAAUGGUACCUUGGUUUUGGGUUCUGGUGUUUACAGAAUUGGUUCCUCCGUCGAGUUCGAUUGGUGUGCUGUCGCUACCGCUAGAGCUUUGCGUGCUUCUGGCCACAAGACAAUCAUGAUCAACUACAACCCUGAGACUGUUUCCACUGAUUUCGAUGAGGUUGACCGUUUGUACUUCGAGGAGCUUUCUUUGGAGCGUGUUCUCGACAUUUACGAGAUGGAGGUCGCUUCUGGUGUGGUUGUCUCUGUUGGUGGUCAAUUGCCUCAAAACAUUGCUUUGGCUUUGCAAAAUGAGGGAUGUGCCGUCUUGGGUACCAACCCAGAGGAUAUCGACAAGGCUGAGGACAGACACAAGUUCUCCCAGAUUUUGGAUUCGAUCGGUGUUGACCAGCCUCAAUGGAAAGAGUUGACUUCUAUUGAAGAGGCCGAGAAGUUCGCCAACGACGUCGGAUACCCUGUCUUGGUCAGACCAUCCUAUGUUUUGUCCGGUGCCGCUAUGUCUGUCAUUAACAACCAAAGCGAAUUGGAUUCUAAACUUUCAAACGCCUCUAAGGUUUCCCGUGACCAUCCAGUUGUGAUUUCCAAGUUCAUCGAGGGAGCUCAAGAGAUCGACAUUGACGGUGUUGCACACCAAGGUAACGUUUUGGUUCACGCUGUCUCUGAGCACGUUGAAAACGCCGGUGUCCACUCUGGUGAUGCCACAUUGGUCUUGCCUCCACAAAACUUGUCCCCUGUGCUUUUGCAAAGACUCAAGGAAAUUGCAGACAAGGUCGCAGCUGCUUGGAAGAUCACUGGUCCAUUCAACAUGCAAGUCAUUUUGAACAACCAAGAAGGAACUUUGUCUGAUGCUGAAGCUGAAUUGAAGGUUAUCGAGUGUAACAUUCGUGCCUCCCGUUCUUUCCCAUUUGUUUCCAAGGUUUUGGGAACCAACUUCAUUGAUGUUGCUGCUAAGGCCCUCUUGAAUGAGAAUGUUCCAGCACCAGUUGACUUGAUGCAAAAGAGCUUCGACCGUGUUGCUACCAAGGUUCCACAAUUUUCCUUCACCCGUUUGGCCGGUGCUGAUCCAUUCUUGGGCGUCGAAAUGUCUUCUACUGGAGAGAUUGCAUGUUUCGGUGACAACUUACUCGAGGCUUACUGGACAUCCAUUCAGUCCACUAUGAACUUCAACGUGCCACACCCAGGAACUGGUAUUUUGUUUGGUGGUGACUUGACAAACGACAAGUUGGGCAAUGUUGCAAAGACUGUGUCUGGAUUGGGCUACAACUUCUUUGUGGCUACCGAAGAUGUCGCACAGUACUUGGCAAAGUAUGUCGAGGAGCCUGUGGAGGUGAUUGAGUUCCCAAAGACAGACAAGAGAGCUUUGAGAGAAAUCUUCCAAAAGCACCAAGUCUCUGCCGUUUUCAACUUGGCUCGUGCCAGAGCAGAGAGCUUGUUGGAUGAGGAUUACGUCAUGAGAAGAAACGCCAUCGACUUUGGUAUUCCAUUGUUCAACGAGCCAAACACUACUUUGCUCUUCGCCCAAUGUUUGAAGGAGAAGAUUGGCACCAAGACCAAGUUUGAGGUCAUUCCUGAGUCUGUUGAGAUUCCAGGAGAAGUCAAGAGAUGGAGUGAGUUCCUCGGCGGUAAGCCAGUUUAA